AUGGUAGCCUCUGCCGGCCGUAGCUACUAUCUUCUCUCCGUCUCCCGUGACCACGUACUCGCAGCACGCUCAUUAGGAAUCGUCCAAGCUUGUCAUGGCAAGCAAGGACCCGUCCAGCGUAUGAAGCCUGGUGACGGCAUCGUCUUCUACUCAGCCCGACAGCAGAUUAGAGGCAAAGACCUCUGCCAGCGCUUCACCGGCAUCGCGACCAUCCAGGAUGGUGACGCGUACCAGGAUAGCUCGAACGAGAGCUUUCGGCCGUGGCGGAGGCAUGCAAAGUUCAAGAAAGAGGCAAAGGAGGUCGAUGUGAGGAGUGUAUUGCCGAAACUCGCAUGUCUGAACAAUGGAGCAGUCGGCUGGGGACGUGCUUUGAUGCGAGGAGUGGUGAAGAUUGGGGAGGACGACUUUCGGGUGGUGAGGGAGGCUUUGCUUCGAACGAAAUGA